CAGAGCUGCAAAACCCUUCACUGACCCUGCCCACAAUGUCUGGAUCUCUGACGUUCAAGGUUCACCGGCAGAAGCCAGAGUUAGUUUCCCCGGCGAAUCCAACACCGAGAGAGCUCAAACUCCUCUCUGACAUCGACGACCAAGAAGGACUAAGAUUUCACAUUCCUACCAUCUUCUUCUAUAGACACAACCCUAAAGCUUACUCUGAUCCAGUGGCAGUGAUUCGGAGAGCCCUGGCGGAGACGCUGGUUUAUUACUACCCGUUCGCCGGCAGGCUUCGUGAAGGACCGAACCGGAAAUUGGUCGUAGAUUGCACCGGUGAAGGCGUUUUGUUCAUCGAGGCAGAUGCUGACGUGACGGUUUUAGAGUUUGAAGAGAAGGAUGCUCUUAAGCCUCCUUUCCGUUGCUUUGAAGAGCUUCUGUUUGGCGUCGAAGGUUCAAGUGAAGUGCUCAACUCUCCUUUGAUGCUCAUGCAGGUCACGCGCUUGAAAUGUGGCGGUUUUAUCUUUGCCGUCCGUAUCAACCACGUAAUGUCUGACGCCUUCGGUCUCUCGCUCUUCCUCAAAACAAUGUGCGACUUCGUCCGGGGUUAUCACGCGCCUACGGUUCCUCCUGUGUGGGAACGUCACCGUCUAAGCGCAACAGUCCCGUCCCGUGUGUCACAUGCACACCGAGAGUAUGAUGACAUGCCGGUAACUGAUACGGAACACGGCAGUAAGGGAGACAAUCUCGUAGACCGGUCAUUCUUCUUCGGCCACAGGGAGAUGUCCGCAAUACGGAGGCUCCUCCCUCCGAAUCUUGUCAACCGCAGCACCGAUAUGGAAACACUAACUUCAUUCCUAUGGUGUUACCGCACUGUCGCUAUACAACCUGAUCCGAACAAGGAGAUGCGACUCAUAUUCAUCGUCAACGCGCGUUCUAAGCUUAAAACCCCACCGCUGUCUCCAGGAUACUAUGGAAACGCGUUUGCGUUCCCAGUCGCAAUCACAACCGCUGGAGAACUAACUAAGAAACCGUUAGAUUUUGCUCUUAGACUAGCAAAAGAGGCGAAAUCUAGUGUGACGGAAGAGUACAUGCGAUCGCUUGCAAAUCUGAUGGUGACAAAGGGAAGACCAAGCUUCUCGUCAGACGGAGCCUACUUGGUAUCGGAUGUGAGAAUUUUUUCAGACAUCGAUUUCGGAAUAUGGGGGAAACCGGUUUACGGUGGUAUUGGGACGGCCAAAGUUACGGAUUUUCCAGGCUCUAGCUUUUACGUUUCAGCUGAGAAGAGAAAUGGUGAGAGAGGGAUCAUUGUACCAGUUUGUUUGCCAGAGAAGGCGAUGCAAAGGUUUGUGAAAGAGCUCGAGAGUGUGUUUAGCGGUCAAUUUGCAUUCAAUGGGGGAACCAAAAGCCCUACUAAAUUGAUAUUGUCUUCUCUGUAAAAUGAUUACUGUGGUUUAGAAGUAGGUAUCUGCAUUUCCAAUCGAGUUACCCUAUCAUAUGAUUUUAUAGGAUUAUAUGCGGUGAAGAUGUGGAAAGUUUAAACAAUAUGAUGUGCUAAUGCCUAAUGUAUAAUAGCAAGGGAAAUUUGAGAGUUGGGGCUCAUUCAAACUCCA